CAGCCAAUGGAAUUACGAUGUGAAAUAACGUCAUGUUCGUCAGUUUCUGGAAGGAAGCUAGUUUAGUCAUGAGCUAGGAGUAAUUGUUUGAGUUAUCGUUGCAAUAUUUUAUUUUUAGGUCUACAUUGAACAACCGAGGACACAUUAUAGAGGUCAGCAUCAUGGGUGAACCACAGCAGGUUAGUGCUCUGCCUCCUCCACCUAUGCAGUACAUCAAAGAAUACACAGAUGAAAACAUCCGCAAGGGCCUGGCUCCUAAACCACCUCCACCCAUCAGAGAUAGCUACAUGAUGUUUGGCAACCAGUUCCAGUGUGAUGACCUCAUCAUCCGGCCUUUGGAGAGCCAAGGCAUUGAGAGGCUACAUCCUAUGCAGUUUGACCACAAACGGGAGCUUAAAAAGCUCAACAUGUCCAUUCUCGUGAACUUUCUGGACCUGCUGGACAUCCUUAUCAAGAGCCCGGGGAGUAUAAAGCGAGAAGAGAAGCUGGAGGAUUUAAAGCUUCUGUUUGUUCAUUUGCACCACCUGAUAAAUGAAUACAGGCCUCAUCAAGCAAGGGAGACACUGAGGGUGAUGAUGGAGGUGCAGAAGAGACAGAGGCUAGAGACGGCUGAGAGGUUCCAGAAACAUCUGGAAAGGGUGGUGGAGAUGAUCCAAGGGUGCCUUGCCUCCUUACCUGAUGACUUACCACAGAUGGAGGGUCCUGAUGUUGCUGGUGACGGGACAAGGAGUGUGUCAGCAGUAUCUAGUGUUGGUUGUUCCUCUGGGCAGGCCCCCAGGCUGAAAACUGAACCAAUGGAUGUAGAGGAAGCAGGCGCCAGCUGUAUGGCAGCAGGUCACCAGGACAAGAGUGUCCCUCCGUCAAAGAGGGACAAAAUAUGGGACAAAGAUGCUGCCAUGUGCAGUAUUAUUGAUGAAAUUGCUUAAUUUUCUGUUGAGAAGUAUUACAUCAGUUGCUGUGUUUUCACUUGGCUUUAAGUCAUAAUCUGGAAUUGAAUGGUAUUUUAUGUAAAAAUUAUCAUGUAAAUGCUAAGUUCCUGUGAAGAUGUUAAGAAUGUAAAUAUUAUACAGAGUAACUUGGGUGUUAACUUUCAGUUUUGUAAUGAAACCAAUAAAGUACUUUCCACUUGC